AUGCGAGGCGACUUCUUGGACAUCGUCGAGCGCGUCGACGCUAGUGUCGGCUUCUUGCGCGAAUACAGGCGAUACAAGGAAGCGGAAAUGUACUUGUCGUGCUUCGCAGUGUCUGGUUCCAGCGAUGACGUUGAUUCGCAUGUACUUCAUCGGGAGUUUGCGUGCUUUAACCGCAGACGUGAGCAAGCGCUUGGGCGAGAAGCCGUUACUCAUCAUCUCCUGUACACCCGCUUCCGAUCUGUAGCCGGUCCUCUACCUCCAUUGCUGGGUGAACUCGAGUGA